UUACCAAACAAAUAUAGCUAGCUAACUAGCAUAUACAUAAAAAAAAUAUAUCAAAUUAUUAACUUUUAAGCACGAUGGGGAUGGCUAAUUUGCUUGUAGCUCUCAGUGUUUUGGCUAUGACUUGCUCAUUAGCCAUUGCCUACGAUCCUAGCCCUGUCCAAGAUUUCUGCGUCGCAACCGAUGACACGGCUUGCGGUGUAUUAGUAAAUGGAAGAUUCUGCAAGGAUCCACAAACUGUAACGCCAGAUGACUUUUCCUAUUCUGGAUUCAACAUUGCUAGAGAACCCUCAAAACAACUUGGAGUCCGCACAAAUUUAUUAACAGUGGAAGAGAUUCCUGGCCUGAACACCAAUGGCCUCUCCAUAGCUCGUAUAGACUUCACUCCAGGCGGUGUAAACCCACCUCACAGCCAUCCUCGAGCUGCAGAGGUCAUGACUGUCAUAGAAGGAGCUCUAUAUGCAGGUUUUAUCACUUCGAAUCCCUGUCACCGUCUUUUCGCCAAGGUUUUAAAGCCAGGAGAUGUUUUUGUAUUCCCAUUUGGGCUCAUUCACUUCCAAAUGAAUAUUGGGAAAACCCCUGCAGUUGCUAUAGCUGCAUUGAACAGUCAGAAUCCAGGAGAAAUGACCUUGGCAAAUGCAGUAUUUGGUGCAGUUCCAUCUGUUAAUCCUGAUCUUCUUGCAAGAGCAUUCCAUACGGACAGGAAUAUAGUGAAUGAUCUUAUUAAGCAAGAAUGGGUCAACCCAUCUGAGCUUAGUGACAUUAUACAAGGAAAUAUGGAUUUCUAUCCUCAUCCAACUUGUUAAUUUAAGUUCUGGGAAAUGCAAAUAAGAAGAAGAGGAUUUGUAUUUAUAUAUAUGCAUAUCAUAUAUGCUUCAUGUUAUUGUAAUCAUUCAAUAAGUGUGAGGAUACUACCUCUAUGAUUACAAGGGCGGAGCAUGGAGAGACUCAGCCUCAGCAAUAAUUAUUUUUGUUCAAAAAAUUUACUUAAUAAAAAUAGUGCAUUUUAUUUUGUUUUUA